GACGUUGGGUUUAGACCGACGUGCUUAGGGACCAAUGCGUCCGCGCUACCGCAAGGACGAAGCCCGCCUUCCUCCCCGACGAGCCAAUCAGCGGGCGGCGUGUCUCCGUCGCUCCGUCUUCUUAGUCGCCUCAGUCGUAUUGGAAAUAACAGGGCUUCGGCAAGAAGCGCGGGAGGCCCUGGAGUCGUUUCCCCGGUCCCGGAAAAAGCGAGCUGGAGGCUUUCAAAGAAGCCCCGGAGGAGGCCGGCGGGACCUUUGGGAGGCCUCGUCGUCACCCUUAACUCUUCCGAAUCCGGCGGCGGCGGCGGGCUCAAUGCGCAUGCGCCAAGGCCUCUCCUGCUCCCGAGCCCUCCGGGCCGCCGCCGGGUCGCCGUCAGCAUGAGUCAAACCUCUGCCGUCCUGCCACCGCCGGGUCCGACCUCCCGCUCCAUGCAUGUGGAGUUGCCGUCUCAGCAGCGUCGUCUCCGUCAUUUGCGUAACAUCGCAGCCCGGAAUAUUGUCAAUAGGAACGGUUAUCGCCUCCUGGAUACCUAUUUCACUCUUCACUUGUGCGACAACAUAAAUAUAUGUAAAGAAUUUUAUAAGAGUGAGGUCAUAAAGAAUUCACUGAACCCGACAUGGCGAAGCCUUGAUUUUGGUCUAAUGCCUGACCGCCUUGAUACGUCUGUAUCCUGUUUUGUGGUGAGGAUAUGGGGUGGCAAGAAUGAUACCUAUCGGCUACUGAUUGAGUGGAAAGUCAAUCUAGAUGGACUCAAAUAUUUGGGCCAGCAGAUACAUGCUCGUAGCCCGAAUGAAAUCAUUUUUGGGCUGAAUGAUGGCUAUUAUGGAGCCUUGUACGAACGAAAGGGUGUCUCAGAAAUCCAAAAGAAUCUGCAAGUGGAUCCAAAUUGUGUGCGUAACUCAUAUGAUGUCUUCUCUUUGCUAAGGCUCCACCGGGCGCAAUGUGCCAUUAAGCAGACUCAGGUAACCGUUCAGAAAAUAGGAAGGGAGAUUGAAGAGAAGCUGAGGCUUACGUCUACAAGCAACGAGCUGAAAAAGGAGAGUGAGUGUUUACAGUUGAAGAUUCUGGUGCUUCAGAAUGAGCUAGAGAGGCAGAAAAGAGCCCUAGGACGGGAAGUAGCCUUACUGCAUAAGGAACAAACCGCACUACUUGAAAGAGGAAAAGAGUUUGAAGAAGAACAUUCAAAGCUCCUCUCAGAUAAGGAACCUCUGCAAGAAUUAAGGAAGGAAUGCACUGCCAAGAGAGAGCAGUUCUUGAAGACCAACGCUCAGCUGACCAUCAGACGUAGGCAAUUGCUCUCUGAGCUUUCCUGUAUUUAUCCUAUUGAUACGAAUGAUCAAGAGGAUUAUCUUAUUUGUGGAGUGAAGUUGCCCAAUUCUGAAAACUUUCAAGCAAAGGAUGAUGGGAGCAUUGCCGUCGCUCUGGGCUAUACGGCUCACCUGGUCUCCAUGAUUUCCUACUUCUUGCAAGUACCACUCAGGUAUCCAAUCAUUCACAAGGGCUCCCGGUCGGCAAUCAAAGAUAACAUUAAUGACAAACUGACCGAGAAAGAAAGAGAAUUUCCGCUCUAUCUAAAAGGAGGAGAGAAACUACAGUUUGAUUAUGGUGUCUUCCUUCUGAACAAAAAUAUUGCACAGCUUAGAUACCAGCAUGGGCUGGGGACUCCAGAUUUAAGGCAGACCCUUCCCAACCUGAAAAACUUCCUGGAGCACGGCCUCAUGGUUAGAUGCGAUCGCCACCACGUUUCCAGCGCCAUCCCUGUUCCAAAGAGACAAGGUUCUGCGUUUGGGGGUUUGGAUGUCUGCUUUUCCGGCAACCACCCGUCUCCAGACAAAGGGCUUCGCAAACGGGCUAACUCGGAGAACGAGAGACUGCUGCACAAGUCCCAACUUCCGAGUCAAAACUCGGCUUUCACCCAACCCAUCACCAUCGCGGGAGAGGCGGAGAAAACGGUGGUCUCCUUAUCCUCCUCUUUAGAUACCUCCAUUGACUUCUCGAAAGACAGGAGCAAAACGGGCGAGGAUUCGCAGCUUGGCGUCAACGGCGAGAACAGGAGCUCGAGCAGCUCCCGGAAUCCUCCAGAAUCACUCCGGGGACCUUCGCGUGCCAUUAACGGCACCCCGUUCUCCAGCGAGCAGCCCGGGACGGCCACUCGCGAGCGGCCCAGCAUCUUCUGUGGCGCGCUGGGCACCAACCUCCUUUGUACUGUGGAGCAGGCGGAAGAGAUCAUGGGUCUGGAGGCCAUGGGGUUUGGUUCGGGAGACCAACUGGCGGCCUUCAACUACAUCCCGGUGGAUCACGCAGUAGCCGUGGAAUGCGACGAUCAAGUCCUGGGUGAAUUCGAGGAGUUCUCCCGAAGGAUCUACGCCCUGAACAAGGACACCCCCACGUUCCGCCGGCCGCGGAAAGGCUCCGAUAAGUAGCGGGAGAGCCUCAUGUCACCAAGAGAAAGUUGUGUAUCUGGAGUGGAGAUAAAUCUUGCACGCGUCGUCCUGAUCUGUUGUGGGAGGGAGGGUCUCCAAACUUAGCAACUUGGAAGACUUGGGGAAUUCUGGGAGUUGAAGUCCGCAAGUCUUCCAAGUUGCUAAGUUUGGAGAGCCCUGAGUUACAGGGUAGGAGGACGGUAGGGAAGAAAGUUGCUACGGUUUUGGAAGGAAGUACAGAAGAUCUCCCUCGAUGACCACGUGGGUCAGAAUCUGCUUCUCCCCC